AUGGGAGUUGAAUGUGGAGGAGAUUGGGAAUGGGAGAAGGUGAGGGGAGAGGUGGAGAAGAAGGGAGAACGGAAGAUGGAGGAGGGUGGGAGUAGAAGGGGAGGAGAAUUUGAUACAAAAAGGUGUAUAAAAGAGGACAGGUUUUCCAGGUUGAUUCACAUUCGUCCAACGGACUACACCGUGGGUUUUCAGUCGGGUACAUCUAGCUGUUUCUCUGCCGUAGAACUCCAGAUCAUCGAAGAAACCAUGCAGUCGUUUGCCGUUAUUUGCCUUCUUCUCUCCGUCGCCGGAGUGAUGGUCGAGGGUACAUGCAACAUCUACCAGAUGACUACCAUCCAGAUCGACUUCUGUAACUAUGCCGAGGUCAUCACCAACCUCGUCCCCGGGAUGGUCUCCGCUAACCAGCUCCAACACUGUAUUGCUAACAUGGACAAAGACAUGUGCAAACCAGUGAAUGAUUGUGGAGAUUCCGAAAACAUGUUGAGCGAAGCACUGGUACUUCUCGAUAACAUCUUGAAUGACAACUCGUGUACUGAUCCGUGCACAUCCACUCCUUGCGUCCAUGGCUCCUGCAACCGCCUGACUUCCGAAACCUACUCAUGCACAUGCGCAGGAGGAUACACUGGAACCAACUGCGAACAGGACAUCAAUGAGUGUGCAUCGAACCCGUGCCAGAAUGGCGGUAUGUGCGCCGAUGACAUCAACACAUUUUCCUGCAACUGUGCACCUGGAUUUGGAGGUGACCGCUGUGAAGUCAAUGUUGAUGAAUGCGCAUCUAGCCCGUGUAUGAACGGAGUGUGUGUGGAUGGACUCAACUCAUUUACCUGCAACUGCGCAUCAGGCUUCGAAGGAGCUAACUGCGAAUUUAACAUCGAUGAAUGCGCAUCUAGCCCGUGUAUGAACGGAGUGUGUGUGGAUGGACUCAAUGCAUUUACCUGCAACUGUGCUGAAGGCUACGAAGGAGCUAACUGCGAAUUUAACAUCGAUGAAUGCGCAUCUAACCCGUGUCUGAACGGAGGAGUGUGUGUGGAUGGACUCAACUCAUUCACCUGCCACUGCGCAGAAGGCUACGAGGGAGCUAACUGCGAAAUCGAGAUCAAUUUCUGCGAGUUCAUGCCCUGUGCCAAUGGAGGAGAGUGCACCAACGCCGUUGGAGGAUUCACUUGUCUGUGUGCCCCUGGCUUUGCGGGAGAAACAUGCGAAGGCGAUAUUGACGAAUGCGCUCGUAAUGAACCUUGCUUAAACGGUGGGAUCUGUGAUAAUACACAUGGCGGAUAUCUCUGCGACUGUGCCCCCGGAUUCCUCGGAGAGCACUGCGAGACUGAUAUUGACGAAUGUGCUCGUAAUGAACCUUGCUUAAACGGUGGGAUCUGUGAUAAUACACAUGGCGGAUAUAUCUGUGACUGUGCCCCCGGUUUCAACGGAGAACACUGCGAGACUGAUAUUGACGAAUGUGCUCGUAACGAACCUUGCUUAAACGGUGGGAUCUGUAAUAAUACACAUGGCGGAUAUAUCUGUGACUGUGCCCCCGGUUUCAUCGGAGAACACUGCGGGACUGAUAUUGAUGAGUGUGCAUCCGGACCCUGCCUUAACGGUGGAGUCUGCAAUAACUUGCCAGGAGAUUAUGAGUGUAUAUGCAGCCCCGGUUUCUCUGGAUCGAACUGCGAAACUGAUAUUGACGAAUGUGCCUCGGGGCCGUGUCAGAAUGGAGGGGUGUGUUCAGACUUACUGAAUGACUAUUCGUGUACAUGUGCUCCCGCAUUCAUCGGUACUAACUGUGAGAAUGUUGCAAUUGUUGGAUCCGGCCCUGCAUGCUACACUGAAUAUGAUGGGUCGGACUACCGUGGAGACGCCAGUACAACUAUCAGCGGUUAUAUGUGCCAGGCCUGGGCAAAUACUCAUCCCAAUCGUGUCGGCAAUUUGGAGCACUUCCUCUUCCACGACGACUCCAACUACUGCCGUAAUUACGCUGGCAGUGGAAAGUCAGCCCCAUGGUGUUACACAAUUUUGGAGGAGGUGGAAUGGGAAUACUGUGGGAACAUUUCCACUGUCUUUGAUGUUUGCACCGACAAACCAGCCAUUGAAGACUUCACCGAGCAGAAAGCAGCCUUCGACGCCAUCGCUGACUACGCAGCCGCCGAGUGCUACACCGACCCGACCGGCCUGGACUACACCGGAUACGUUGCGAUGACGGAAGGCGGGUUCGAGUGUCAGCGAUGGGAUGUCAACUUCCCCAACCCGAGAAACGACGCAAAGAAGAGCAAGCCACGUCACGACGCAGUCCUCUUCGGAAGCCACAACUACUGCCGAACCGACGGCAAUGGUCCCGAGGGUACCACCGAAGGGCCAUGGUGCUGGAUCGCUGAUCCCUCCGCUGGGAUGAGAUGGGGCUACUGCGACACUGCUAGGUAUCUCAGCUCUUCUUGCCCUGGCAAGGGAACCCCAGUCGGACAGCCCCGUAUUGGAAUGAACCCGGAGUGCAUGACAACAGCCCGCGGUCCCGACUACCAGGGUAAUGUGAACACCUCAGAGACCGGUCUAACCUGCAUUGCCUGGGCCGACCUCGAACCGUCCAACAGAUACUACCUGCUCUUUGGCUUGGCAGAGAACAAGUGCCGUUCCUACGAUACCGGCGACGAUUGGGGUCGCCCAUGGUGUUACGUAAGCCCGACAAAGACCGAGAAAUGCCAAGUGAAGGAUCACUACGAGGAAUGUUUGCCUGCCGCCUAGACCGAUUGUCUGCUACCUUGACACAGGACAUCUAUAGCCAGGAGAUUCUCGACUGGAAUAAUGAUUUUUCAUAAAUAAUUUCUACAAGUUGAUUUCUUUCUGUCUUAAAACUGUCUUAAAACACACCAAAGAUUAAGGUGAAAAAGUAUGUUUAGUUAACAUGGGAAUAGGGGAUGAAAUUAUUGUAGGAGACUUCAGAGUCUACUUAGCCUUGCUUUUUUCCCCUCCCAGUUUUCAUCCAAAGUCCUAACAAAAAUAUUUUAACAAAAAAAAUCAACCAGAAUUCCUAUCUCAAUUCCGCAGAACGUUGUAAUUUAGCUGCAUUUUAUGUGGCUUCAUUCUUUAAGUGUAGUGUUUUAUCUCUUGUCGUAUACGUCCAAAAAAGGUUUCCCUACCACAUCCUGCAUGUCCCCUCAUAAAAAAACGUACUUAAGCUAUUACAAUGAAAUGAAAAUCAAGGAUUAUGAAA